AUGGACAUUUCCAUGAGUGAGGAACAAGAGGGAGAUGAAAAUGUGGAACAAGAGGGAGUAAAUCUUGAGGACAUUUGGGGACAAGAGGGAGAUGAGGCUGUGGAAGGCAUUUAUAUGACAUGCCUAGGCCUCGCCGCUAGAACUAUGAAGGAUGCAGUUGUCCCCCUUGUGAUGCAAUUUGUUGAGUGCAGCAUCAGUGGACCACAUUGUCAUAGUCGCAAGGUAGCCAUUUUUCCAUUAGCUUUUAUCCUUGAAGGUCCCUCUGUCAAGCAACUUGCUCCUGUAGUUCAUUUGUUGCUUGACAUGAUGAAAGAUCCCGAGGAAGGUGUAAGAGGCAGGGCUGCAUGGACUCUUGCGCUGGUGUUUGAGCUUGUGGGUGCAAAUAAAAUCAUCAGAAAUGAGGGGGGCCUUCCUGGGAUCAUGGCUAUCUUGAUAGAGAGGAGCAAAGAUGUCCCUCAAGUGUCCAUUGAAGUGUAUAGAGCUCUAUAUUUUCUUGUGAGAGGUUAUGGAGAAAAUGCAAAGUCAAAGUCAUGUGAACUUUCACCUUUUGUCAAGCCUCUUAUUGAUGCUCUUCUUUGUGCUUCAGAACUUGCUAAAGAGAACCCUUUUAGGCUUCCAGCAUGUACAUCUGCUUAUGAAGCACUGAGUGAGAUUGUGAGAGUUUGCAACAUUGAAGAAUUAGAAGUUUGCAGGGCUGUAGGAGGCUUAAUGUCUCAAAUCUUUAGGAGAUUGAACAUCAUGAUUAAUCGUCAAGGUGAAGCAGUUUCAUCCGUUGAGAGGAAGAACCGUGGCCUUCUUGAGGUUUUGCUGUGUGUGACAGUAAUAGUGCACGUGAUGGAGCAGCCCUUGCCAGUGGUGCUCUUGCUCAUGCCAUUGGUGAUUGCUCUUGCUAUUGGUGAGAAAUUUGAGAAGUACCUGCCUCUAGUUAUGGAAAAGCUUAGAGAAGCUGCUGAGUUGAAUCCAGAGGAUAAUAAGGAUCAUGGUAACAAGGUUAGAGAGGGGAUAUUUAAGGCUUACCAUGGCAUAUUGGGUGGUAUAAAUGACCAAAAGUCUGGGUUGAAGGUAGCGAUGGCUCUAGUUGACUUCACCGAAGGUGUGUGCAAGGACCACAGCAAGAUCAAGACAAGGGAUGGAAGGAAUACAAGUGUGGCCAUGGCAGGAAUUGAUGCCUUGUCUCAGCUUCCUUCCAGAGCGGAGGCUUAG